AUGGAGCUGUGGCACUUGCUUUGGCUCUUUUUAUUAGCUGGGGGUUCAGCACCCACAUCCCGAGGCCUACGCCGCAGUACUUUCCAUGGAACCACUCCAAGGACGACUCAGAAGGGAACAGGAUCUUCCUCUCAUGGAACUGGGCCUGUGUGGAAAACUUCGUUCCCGACCACUGGCUCGCCCGUCAACACUUUUCCGUCCACGGCGACUUCUCACCAAAGCGUCACCUCCAAAUCCAGCACCGGACCCGUGGUAUCAACCACAUCAGCCACAUCGCGUCGUUCGACGUCACGUACGAAAUCAUCGACCCCGGAUCCCACUCAAUUUACAGUGCCCGACGUAAGUGCAUGGCUGUGCUUUUAGUUUCUUUCUUGAAGAGUACGACUCCCCAUUCCUCCACCGUCACUACCACGACCACUCAUGUAACGCUAACUUCGACGACGACUACUCGAAGCCAACCGACAACUUCAAGAAGGCAUACCACGACUACGAGCCCACAUAUGGUACGGCUUUUUUUAUAACAAAUAUGCUUGGUUAUAGGAGGAAGGGGAAAACGUCGUUAUUAUCUACAUUGUGAUAGGAGUUGUGAUCGGGAUCAUCGCUUUGUGCGUCGUGGUUGGACUUGUUGUUUGGUGUUGUAAAAGAGGAAAGGAGCAGGGGGAUAAGACGAUGACUUCCGACACCAGCACUCAUCAGGACACGAAGCCCUUGUUGGCGACCCCAGUGAACCAGUUUUCAAAAAGGAGGGCGAAUUACGAAGACAUGCCUGAUUUGGUGGGACCCAAUCAUCUCGACGUCAACAAGAUCCGAUAUCGAGGCCCCAUGAAAAUACCACAGGUCAUCAUCCCGGUUUUUGUAAGUCAUUUACGGGGGAAUUACUGAUACCCGAUCUGCCCCGUAGCCGAGAUGUUUCAUAUGUCAUCGGAAAUUGAAAAAGCUCUUCUUCAACUUGAGAGUGAUCGGGUCCAAGGAAACAAUAUUUUUGCAACAUUAUGCGUUUUACUGUCACGGUAAAAACUUUGAUGUAAAAUAUCUCAAAACGCCUCCCUUUGAUUUCCUUUAUAAUUUUGUGGUUUUAACAUCCUCAACAAGCGUUUUGAGUGUUCUAUAGUUUGUCAGAGGUCAUCGAUUUUUCUGAUAUCAACAACAUCCUCAGGUCACAGUAACCAGGAAUACGAUAAUUUUGAGGACCAUAAAUUUGCCAAAAUUUAUAAGACCUUUCAAGAGAGUGUGAACUGUCCGUGAGCUUUCAAUCAACAUGAGACCCCCAAAUUUGGAAGGAGCGUUCAAAGCCACCAUGUAAAAUAUUUUCUUUUUCGAUGUAAUUUUCGCGCCGCAAAAAUUACCGUGGUCCCUUACCAUUUUUUCUUCGACCCGUUGCAUAUAAAGCUGGUCAUAUAAGAUCUCGGUAUUUUUUUUCCCAAAUCGCGAUUUUCGGUGCACAAAAAAGUCGACGCCCAAAUCGAAAAAUUGGCGUCAACUUAAUUUUUUCAGCACCGAAUUCCGAAAUGCGGUGCUGACUUAAGCACUUAAGUCUUCGGUACAGACUUAAGACUUUGUGCACUGAUUUCGAAAAACAGAAAAUUUUACCGAAUUUCAGAAUUCGGUGCCCAGAAAAAAAUAAGUCGAGGCCAAUUUUUCGAUUUGGGCGUCGACUUUUUUGUGCACCGAAAAUCGCGAUUUGGGAAAAAAAAAUCCGAGAUCUUAUAUAUGGCUCGGGACUUCUAAAUCUCUCCGCAAGAGUCCAUCCGAACCCUGGAAAUUUAGUCCAAAGUUAAAAGUUGACAAAAAAGGAGGAGACGACAGAGAAAGGCAGAAAUUCUUACAAAGAGAGAAAUUGCGCAAUGUUAUGUCAGAUUGCGCAACUUUUAACUUUGUACUAAAUUUGCAGGGUUCGGAUGGACUCUUGCGGAGAGAUUUAGAAGUCCCGAGCCAUAUAUGACCACCUUUAUAUUUAGUUCGAAUUGUGAGUUUUCUCGUUUAAAAUGACCGUUGACAUGUGUUAACGGUCAUUUUGCCGUUGACCCUGCGGAUUUUGCCCAAAGUUAAAAGUUGCGCAAUCUUACACACCGCUGCGCAAUUUCUCUCUUUGUAAAAAAUUUCUGCGUUUCUCUGUCGGCUCCUCCUCCUCCCCCCCCCCUUUUUUUUUGUGAACUUUUAACUUUGGACUAAAUCCGCGGGGUUGGGAUGGACUAGCGCGCUGAAAUUUGUAAAGCACCUCCCAUAUAUACAUUAUAAAUAGUUCGUUUUAUUUUGGGAUCCCUUGAAUAUGAAAAUGUCAAUACCGUUCUACAAAGUGUAAAAAAUUGUUUUUAAGUAUACCGUUAAGUGUGCUGUACGUUUUCAGGAUGAGCCCGACGACAAUGACGUUUCAGAUCCGAAACCAGAUGAACACUUUGCGAUAGAUGAGAGUCUAAACGAAGUGAUCGAGAUAGGAUCUGAAGUCGAAGUAGUGGUGGAUGAACACGGAAAUGUUGUUCGCCCUCCGAGGGCCCCCAGACCCGCAAAUCCUCGCCCCGCCCGAGUCCGUCCUGGGGGCGAGAACCCCAAUAAUCUGAGACCAAUCCGCGAGUAA